CCCCCGAGCCCCCCAUUUCCAGGGUGUUGCACAAAGCCCCGUUCUCGCUUGCUACCGGCUGUGCCCGCGGCACGCUGCAGCCCGGAGUGCGGCCGGAGGUGCCCCGGAGCCGCACGCAGGACGGCCGAGGCCGCAGGAGUGCUUGGCAGAACAAUGCGAGUAAGUCUUUGACACCAUGAUAUCCAUCAGGCAAAGAAAAGGAAUUAAAGCCACGGAAGUCUCUGAGGAUUAUUCAGCACCCCAGGAAAGUGUGAAGUUGGAAAGCAAGUUGUCAUCUGGCUGUACCAGUAGAAGACUAUGGAAGAUUCUAUCAUUUACAAUUGGUGGAACUGUUGCCCUUUGCAUUGGACUUCUUACAUCUGUCUACCUGGCCACUUUACAUGAAAAUGAUUUAUGGUUUUCUAAUAUUAAGGAAGUGGAGCGGGAAAUCUCAUUCAGAACAGAAUGUGGACUGUAUUACUCCUACUACAAGCAAAUGCUGCAGGCGCCAACUCUCAUGCAAGGUUUUCGUGGCUUAAUAUAUGAUAACAAAACUGAAUCUAUGAGGACAAUUAAUCUCCUUCAACGAAUGAAUAUUUAUCAAGAGGUUUUCCUCAGUAUUUUAUAUAGAGUUCUGCCCAUUCAGGAAUAUUUAGAGCCUGUUUAUUUUUAUAUAUAUACUUUGUUUGGACUCCAAGCGAUUUAUGUCACAGCUCUGUACAUAACCAGCUGGCUCCUGAGUGGUACAUGGCUGUCAGGGCUACUAGCAGCUUUCUGGUAUGUCACCAACAGAAUAGAUACUACCAGAGUGGAGUUUACCAUUCCAUUGAGAGAGAACUGGGCGCUGCCAUUUUUUGCAAUUCAGAUAGCAGCAAUUACGUAUUUCCUGAGGCCAAAAUUACAACCACUUUCUGAAAGGCUGACACUUCUUGCCAUUUUCAUAUCAACUUUUCUCUUUAGUCUGACAUGGCAAUUUAAUCAGUUUAUGAUGCUGAUGCAAGCAUUAGUGCUCUUCAUACUGGACUCCUUGGACAUGCUGCCAGCUGUGAAGGCAACAUGGCUCUAUGGCAUACAAAUAACAGGCUUACUGCUUGUUUGUAUUCUUCAGUUUUUUAAUUCCAUGAUUCUUGGAUCACUGCUUAUCAGUUUUAACUUUACAGUAUUAAUCGCUCGAAAGCUUCAGAAAAAUCUGAAAACUGGGAGCUUCCUUCAUAGGCUCGGGAAACUUUUGUUGCAUUUGUUUGUGGUGUUCUGUUUGACAUUCUUUCUCAACAACAUUAUUAAGAAAGUUCUUAACCUGAAGUCAGAUGAACACAUAUUUAAAUUUCUGAAGGCAAAAUUUGGGUUUGGAGCAACAAGAGAUUUUGAUGCAAAUCUCUAUUUAUGUGAAGAAGCAUUUGGACUCCUGCCUUUCAACACAUUUGAAAGACUUUCAGAUACUCUGCUUUUUUAUGCUUACGUAUUUGUUCUGUUCAUCACAGUGAUUGCAGCAUUGGUUGUUGCCUUUCAUAAUCUCAGUGUUUCUACAAAUCAGCCAUCCACGAAUAAAAUACAAAAGUCAAUUGACCUAAAACCUGAAACUGCCUACAAUUUAAUUCACACUAUUUUGUUUGGAUUCUUGGCUUUGAGCACAAUGAGAAUGAAGUACCUCUGGACCUCACACAUGUGUGUGUUUGCCUCAUUUGGCUUAUGCAGCCCUGAUAUAUGGGAGUUACUUUUGAAGUUGAUCCAUCUUUAUAACCCAAAGAGGAUAUGUAUAAUCCGAUAUACAGUGCCAAUCUUAAUACUGCUGUAUCUAUGCUAUAAGUUCUGGCCAGGAAUGAUGGAUGAACUCUCCGAGUUGAGAGAAUUCUAUGAUCCAGACACAGUGGAGCUGAUGAACUGGAUCAACUCUCAUACACCGAGAAAAGCUGUAUUUGCUGGAAGCAUGCAGUUGCUAGCCGGAGUCAAACUGUGCACAGGAAGGACUUUAACCAACCACCCACACUAUGAAGACAACAGCUUGAGAGAGCGAACCAAAGCGGUUUAUCAGAUAUAUGCCAAGAGGUCUCCUGAGGAAGUGCAUGCUCUCCUAAGGUCCUUUGGUACUGAUUAUGUCAUCCUGGAAGACAGCAUCUGCUAUGAGCGGAGACACCACCGGGGCUGCCGGCUGCGGGAUCUACUAGACAUAGCCAAUGGACAUAUGAUGGAUGGUCCAGGAGAGAAUGAUCCUGAUUUGAAACUCGCAGGUCACCCACGGUUCUGCGAAGAGGUCAAAAGAAACCUGCCUCCUUACCUAGCAUACUUCACUAGAGUCUUUCAGAACAAAACAUUCCAUGUUUACAAGCUCACUAGAAACAAGUGACAAGCUUUCUGUUCAAUCUCUAUUUUUGAUACAUAAAAAAGUCCAUCAAACUCAAAAGAUGUUUCAUAUGUAAUUGAGCAGCCAGUACCUUAAAGCUGUGAUAUGAAUAAGUUCUACAGAUGUUUACACAACUAUCAUCUUCGAAAGUAUCUAUCUUGUCUUGUCUAUAAUGUCUUUGGCUUAAAUGUACUUUACUCACACAAAGAGUGAUCAAGAAGUUGGUUGGUCUGAAGAGCAAUAAAUAUGUCAUGGGUAGAUUAAACACCACUAUGCUGGAAAUGCAAAGCCUGAUCAGGACUUGAGAUAAUGUUCAGUUGACUUAAGGCAGGUAUAGUUGAAGUGCAUAAAAGGGGCACAUAAUUGGAUUUUUUUAGUAUUAUUUCACUUGGUCUUAAUGAAGACCAGUUGAUGGCUUUUAAAAAUCCUUUAUCACCGAAAACUUUUAUAAUGUUUUCCAGUUUUCCUGCUUUUAAUGGUAAAAAAAAAUCAUGUUAGCUCUUUGUAUGUACUUAAAACUUUCGUGUUGUGUUUUGUCCAAAAAAUAAUGUGAUCGCUUAUAUAUUGUCACAUGUUAUGAGUAUGUGUAUACACGCAUGUGUGUGCAUGUUUGAAUCCUGAACACAGAAAACUGUCACAAGUUCCAUAUUGUAAGUCUUAAAGGAAUAGAAAUGUAACAUAGCAAGUGGAAUUUGUUACCAUUAUUUUAAAACUUAUUGAUACUACGGUAUUUAACGUAUAUCCUGCAAGUAAGAUCCUUUACCUUAUUUCUUAUUUAGAUUUACUGGGUUUGCAAAAUUUUAUAAACUUUUGUUGUUAGCCUUUGUAUUUUUUACAGCCUAGAAUCUUGCAAAGUCUGGAUAUUUUUAAAAUGUUGUAUCUUAACUAAUUCACUAAUACAGUAUUUUUGGCAGAGAGCAUUUUCAUACCAAGUUUGAUUUACGGUCUCCAAUCUUACUGUGAGGGUCCUGGUAGCGUUAUUUUUUUCCUUAUUAAAGGUAACCAAGUGCCUCUAAGUCAUGCUUAUUUGUAAACAGUCAGAUUAUGUAUAUCUGCUUUAAAAUUUUUUUGAUAAUUGAUUUUAUAAUUAAUUUCUAAUGAAAAGGACAUGUAAAAGUUGCUGAUAAAAGCAAAUUGUAAAUUUAAUUCAAGAUGGCUAGUGGAAUUAACUUUCUCCCCUAUCCUUGCCAGUUGGAAAUGAUUUAAAUGUUUCUCCUUGCCAUUGCAUUGAAGCAAAUUACCAUAGACAUCAAGAUGGAUAUAUCACAUAUUCAAAUAAUUUGUUCUUCAGUUACUUCUUAUUAAUCAGCAUUCAGAAAAAAAUUUACACUGCAUAUUGGGCUCGAGGAAAUUCACCCUUUAUCAAAAAUAAAAAUGUUGAUAGUAGGUGGGAUAUUAAAUUAUACAACUGAAACUCCUGAAUUAUAUCUUUCCCAUAUCCCUUAAUAAGGUUGGAGACCAAUGCAGUUUAGGAUAAUACAAUAAUGAAACAUUUUAAUCAGCACUAAACUGUACUGAAACAGUCAUGCUGCCUGGCUGCUGUAGCUGACAGCUCAGGUCAGUGCCUCCUUCAGAGAGUGCCUUACUCUGACGAGACCAAGCACAUGUAAGGUACAACAUGUCAAAGUAGGUCACUUCGUUUUUAAAUCCUAUGUGACCUUCUCAGAUAUAUGUCAGUUAUUUUAAAUAG